AUGCGUCUGCCAUCAGUCAAUAUCGCACAUUACCUGCACUCCAGGAAACCUCCCAACUUACACAUCUCGGGUGCCCAAUGUUGGAAUCUCGCUCGGAUACCCACAUCCAGGCGGCAUUAUCACGCCACACAGCCGCGUCAUGUUCGCAGUGUGCACGAGAAUCUCCAGAAACAUGGCAUACUCAAAAUCGGCUUGAAGUUUCCAGACCCCGACAGCGAGUAUCUGAAGCAACUAGUCGUGGGCCUUCAUCAACAUCAUGGCCACCAGCUUCCCAUAUCUCACAGCGCGUCGCGCGGGUGGUUCUGGGACGUGAGGCCCAACAGCACCGUCUUCCAGACCGCCAACCACCAAGCCCGAUCGGAAACGAUGGAGGAGUUCCCUUGGCACACCGACUGCAGCUAUGAAGACUUGCCGCCACGGUACUUUGCACUCCACGUUCUUCAGGAAGAUCAAUUUGGUGGAGGGACCUUGUCGGCCAUGAACACUCAACGGCUAAGCCUGUCUCUCUCCCCAGCCACCCGAGAGUCAUUGAUGCGACGAGAGUACAGCAUCACAAUACCCCCAGAGUUCAUCAAAGACCCCCGGAAACAGAACAUCAUAGGGAGUCUGAUGGCCGCUGACGAACAAGGCCAGCUCAACAUGCUACGUUUCAGGAGAGAUCUUGUAACAGCAUUGACAGAACGGGCGGCAAAAGCACUGCAUGAGCUUGAAGCGGCGGUGCAAGAUGCCAAUGCUCAAUUUCAGUCAACGGUGCAUCUCACCGCCAAGGAUUUUCCGGCAGGGACCAUUAUACUGAUGGAUAAUCGCCGCUGGCUGCACGCACGGCACAGCAUCAAGGAUCCAAACCGUCAUUUGCGUCGGGUGCGUUGGGACGCCAUUCCAUUUGAUGCUCGUCCAAUGGAGCAGUAAUAGGACGUUUAGGGCUCGAAGGAGGAGCACGCUGAAAUAACAGACGCCAAC